AUGCGCCAGAACCUCCAAACAUCCAUCCCCAAGCUCGACCUCGAAAACAUUUCCACCUCUUGCACGACUUCACCUUGCCAACCCCCCCCCCACCACCACGACGAACCCCCCAUUCCGCCCGAGAUGCCGCCAAAACGCAUGACCGCGAACCCCAUCAAGCCAGCCCGCUACCGGCCCGGCAAAGCCCACCAGCCAGACUCGUCCUCCGAAUCCGACUCGGACGCCGACGACAAGGGCUCCGGCCACGACGAUGGAGUUACUGCCGCCGCCGCCAUUCCCCCACCCCCCAAGGCGCCCUCCGCCGGCAAGAUCAUCUCGUCCUCGGCCCUGGGCACCCUGAACCUCGACCAGCGGCGCCGCGAAGCGCAGGCCAAGGAAGCGGCGCGCGUCGCCGCCGAAAGGGCGGCGCAGGCCGCGGCGGAAGAGGGUUUCGUGACCGAGGAAGACGAAGAGGGAGACGAGGACGAGGACGAGGGCGGCGAGGCCAGCGAGGAAGAGGAGAGCAGCAGCAGCGAAGAGGAAGAGGAGGCGGCGCCGCGGCGGCUGAUGCUGCGCCCGAAAUUCAUCCCGAAGAACCAGCGCGGUGGCCAGGCGGCGGCGGCGGCGGCGACGACGGUGCCGCCGGCCGAAGAGGAGGAGCGGCGGCAGGCGGCCGAGCAGGCGCGGCGCGACGCCGAGAGGGACGCCAUGGUCGAGGAGCAGAUCCAGAAGGACCUCGCGGCGCGCAGGGCGGGGAAGCAGCACUGGGAGGACGCCGCUGGGCCGGGCGCCGGGGGCGCGUCGGACUCGGACGUCGACACGGAGGAUGACGUGGAUCCGGCGGCCGAGGAGGCGGCGUGGCGGCUGCGCGAGCUGCGGCGCGUCAAGCGGGAGAGGGACAGGCUGGCGGAGCAGGAGGCCGAGAUUGCCGAGCGCGAGAGGCGGGACGCGCUGACGGCGGAGGAGCGUGAGGCGGAGGAUGCCGACAAGAUGGCCAAGCAGAAGGAGGAGAAGGAGGGCAAAGGCAAGAUGGGGUUCAUGCAAAAGUACUACCACAAGGGCGUCUUCUUCUCCGAGGAGGCGGCUGCCGCGGGACUCGACAAGCGCGACCUUGCGGGCGCGAGGUUUGCCGACGAGAUCAAGGACCGCAGCGUGCUGCCCGAGUACCUGCAGAAGCGCGACAUGACGAAGCUCGGACGCAAGGGCGGAACCAAGUACAAGGACCUGCGGUCAGAGGACACGGGACGCUGGGGCGACUUCAAUGACCGCAGGGGCGAUCGCGACGGCAACUAUGCGGGACGGUACGGCGACGUCGAUGACAGGUUCAGGCCCGACGCCUCCCGGGACGACCGCAAUGGCGCCAACGCUAUUCCGCUGGGCGAGAGGAAGGGUGGGUCAUCAAGGGCGCCCGACAGGCCCAGCGGCGAGAGGUCGCAGAGAGAUCGUGAAGAGCGCCGGGACAGGAGCAGGGACAGGGGCGACAGCUACCGUAGGCGAGACCGUAGUCGCGAUGACGACAGGCGGAGGCACAGGUCGCGCUCAGGAUCACCACGGCGGCGGCGAGACUCGCGUGAUGACCGUGACCGGAGGAAACGCAGUCCGUCGCGAGAUGGCAAUCGCCAUGACGAGAGUGACAAGCGACGCCGGGUAGACUACAGGUGA